GACAUGUUUGCAUGAGUAUGAUUGUGUGAACGCUGGUGGGUUGCCAAUGGGCAGUUGUGCUGAUGGCUAUGGAGUAUGUUGCGUGAGUGAGUAUCAAUGAUCUUGCACAUUGACUUUGGAAUAAACUUGAGGCCAGUGAGUGGUGGUCGCUGUCGCUACCACUCGUUCUUGUUCCUUAUCAAGCACCGAUAAAAAUUUUGGCCAAUGUUUAGUAUGCUGUAUAUUGGUAUUUAGUACCUAUGCUGUAUAUGCUAUAUAUUUAGAUUUCCAAACUUUCAGAUCAGUUUUCUUGUGAUGACUCCACCGCUGCACCUGCUGGAUGGUUUGUGAACCCAGGCUACCCGGAUCUUAACACGGAGAGAUUAGCAUGUGCUGUAACAAUUAAUAAAACAUCAGAAAACAUUAAACAGAUUCGGUUGGAUUUCUUAAAUUUUGAGCUAUUACCGCCGACAGCGGGAUCAUGUGAGCAAGACCAAUUCGUGGUGUCCGGACAGAAUGUGAACAGUAUUAUGCCGAUACUGUGCGGCGUUAAUACUGGCCUUCACGUUUACGUCGAGGUUGGCGACGUGAGUGGGCCAAUAACCUUGUCCAUCCAAACAGCUUCAGCGGACAGCAGAUUAUUUGCCAUUAAGGUAUCACAGUUAUCCGCUAGCGACGACUUAGCAGCACCUACGGGAUGUUUGCAGUACUUCAAAGGACCAAUGGGUUACAUGGAAUCGUUCAACUACCGUGACACGUCCGACACGUCAAUCGCUAAAACUCCAUCUUAUUUGAACAAUCUUAAUUAUGCAAUGUGCAUAGAACGGGAGCCUGGAUCUUGCAGCAUCACGUACACGAAUGCAGGCAUUUUGCGGAUCACCAAUUACGAUUCGGACGGCUUACCAGUUAUCCCUCCGGGCCAAGCAGGAGUGGAGAUCUUUAACUGCCCCAGCGACUGGUUGCUCAUAUCAGCGGCGAGGCUUUGCGGAGACCGGUUGAACGACGGUUCAGUUCUACAGGACUUUGGCCUUGAUGCGCCUAUUACAGAUAAUGGAGCAGGCCCCAUAGUCGUGUGGUUCAGGUCGGAUGAAGGAUACGUGGCUCGCGGUUUCAAAUUACAAUAUCAGCAGAAUUCAUGUAGCUCUUAGAACAGUGGUGGUUAAAGUACGGCCCGCGGGCCAUGUCCGGCCCUCGAAAGGUGUAUUCGGCCCGCCACCGGUCAUUCAAAAUAGUGUAUGAUGAUAUGGCCAGCACAGUAGUGAAAAUGAUUUUGUGUAAAUCUGACCUAUUCCCUCAAAUUUUGGCCCCCAAUGAAAAAAGUUUGUCCAUCAAGACAAUCAAUUUCAUAAAUAAGUCUCUAUUUCAGAUAUAUUUGAACAUUUUACCGAGCAUUCUAACGCCUUGACAAUGAAUGCGCGUUCAGAUGGCUCCGAUGUAUCUGAUGGCUGAACCUUAGUCCGUUUUCACAUUAUCCGAUCCGAUAUCGGGUGCAGGAAGGAUUUCAAAGGAAAAAAUCAUAGAUGGCGCCUGUAAUGUAUGGGAUAUCGGUCCUACAUCCGAUAUCGGAUCGUAUAAUGUGAAAGAAAACGGACAUAGUCUAAAGUAAAACCUCCGUUGAUAAAAAAUCAAAAUGACACUCAUUUUGUCUUUGAAUUUAGUUUUGAGUGUAUGAUACUAAUUGCUAACUUCUACAAAUUGUGUAACUGUAGCAGAGCAGAUCUGUAUUAUUAUGAUUGGCAUACCUAUUUAAUACAAUUUAUAUCGGUCAUGGCAAGUGUGUGUAUAGCCAGCAUAAGUAAACUCAACAAUAUUAAAUACCAUAUAAAUACCAAAAUAGUUUUAUUUAAGUAAUUUUUCUUAAGAAUAUCAAAUAACAUGUGUACUUUAAAGUUUAUUUAGACAUGUAUAAUCUAACAACAUCAAUACUUGUGAAUACUAUACCAAAAUCAAUGAAACCAGCAAUUUCCUAGUUCCACUUUAUAUUUUUCCUCAUCCCUGAAUCCCAUUUAAAGUUUACCAGACCCAAAAGUUAUACAGUGAAACCUCGACACGAAUCUCGAGAGAUAAGGAAAAAAAAUUUCUUAUAAUAAAAAAUCUAGAACAUUCCUUUGCUAAUCCGCUAAUAGAUAACGUGCCAGCCAAACAGAAUAUGUGUUGCUAUUGUUUUAUAGAGACAAUAAGAGGGUAUCUUAGUAAGUUUCUUGUAGGUUUUUAUUCGUCUCUAAAGGUUCUUGAGUUACAGGAGGAGACACCAAUGAAGAAUUGCCGAGACCAAUAGAGGUAAUUAUAGAAAAUCGGAAAGUACAAUUACAGAGGAGGUUAGUAAGUAAAUAAUAGAAUUGGAGAUACCUCUGUAAUAUAAUAGAACAAUACUCGUACAAAUAUGUUUUUGAGUUGAACGGUCAAAUUUCAUUUUCAAGUUGAGUGAGAAUGAAUUACUUCAUUUUAGUAUGGUUAAAUAUUUCGAGUUUUUACGUCACUGGCUUUGAUUGAACGGAAGGGAAUGCAAAUCAAAUUAAUGUUAACAAGGAUUUCUCUCCCAAGCCUUAUUAAGAUCAGAGUUAUCAAAGUUCCACUAUUCAUGUAAAACAUUUAUCAAUACAUAAGUUACUAUAAAAAAUACUGUUUUGUAAUCUGCAAAUGCAGCAAGUAAGGAAUGUAAGGAGCACAUAGACUAUUGAAAGUAUAUUUUAAACUCUACUACAUGCAUUGAAUCCUCCUCAGUACUUGUGUAUAUAUUUUUUUUAUAUAUUCCAAAACUUUAUUUGAACUUUUAAUGAGUAACAAAAGGUUCCAAAAUCAAAACAAAUGCUUCCAGGUCUGAGGAGGAUAUAGGUGACAUUUUAUAAGCUGACCGUUUUUUUUUGUAAUUAUAAAUGGGCUUACUCUUGACCACAGACUAGCCAAAGGCAAAGACGUGGCCUACGAUGCCUAGUUUAGCACCUGUUUAGGGAAUAGUUUGUAAACAAUGAUAUUACUGUUUCCUUUUUUUUACUUGAUACUGCAGAUAGUAGUAACGGAGAGAACCAACCAUCAGCUCAUAAAAUUUGAACUAAAUAUACAACCUAAUACUACAACAUUAUGACUUAUCUUAAAUCAUGUUGUAA